AUGCAGCAGUUCAACUCAUCCAACAGCUCGCUCAACGCUACUGUCGCAACUGAGAACCUGAUUGCCAGUAGUGUGCUGGCAGUUUGCUUCAUACUGGGAGUCCCUGGUAAUAUUGCUGUAAUGGUGCGUCUGUCUGGAUGGCUGAAGAGAGGUAGUUUCACCCCGAGACUGAUGCUAAGCCUGGCCAUAUCAGAUCUACUCACUCUGAUUUCUCUGCCCAUUUGGAUUUGGGAUCUUCUGCAUGAAUGGGUGUUUGGCUUGGUCUUGUGUAAGCUUCUUUCUUACUUGGUGUACUUAAGCCUCUACUGCAGCGUACUGUGUGUGAUUUUGAUGAGCAUGCAGCGAUACAUCCAAGUGCUGCAUCCUGAGAAAUGGAAGAAGCUUGGCAGAAAAGGAAAGAAGAUCCUUUUGAGUGGGAUGUGGAUGUUAAGUGCAGUUUUAUCAUGCUAUGCUCUUGUACAGUGCAAUCUAAGCUUGGACAGAGGAAGAAGACUUCAGUGCAGGAAAAGAUAUCGGAAUGAGGUUGAAAGAGUGGCUACUUUAAUCUGGGAGAUUAUAAUAUUUGUCGCUUCAUUCACCAUUGUAUCUUAUUUCUACUUUCACCUCCACAGAGGAGUUAAUAACUCAGCUUUCUCUACCAGUAAAUUAUUGACAAAGCUGGUGACCAGAAUUUUGGUGUGUUUCUUCAUGUUUUGGAUCCCAUUUCACAUCAACAACACUCUGCUCAUCAUUGCAGUGUUGCUUGGGAAUGACAGUCUUUUAAGAUCUGCAGAAUCUGGAGACAUCACUGCAGCUCUGACUUUUAUUAACAGUUGUGUGAACCCCUUCCUGUAUGCUUUUUCUGCUCGGGCUCUACGUCAACACUCAUCUGGAACAGAGAAUGACGAAGAGGUUUGAGAGAGUUUAUGGCUUUUCCCUGAAAGCCACUGAUUGUUCAAAUAUGCAUUUAGUCCUAA